UUCUCUCAUGGAAUCACCUCAAGAAUCCAACCAAAACCAGCCCUCCUUUUCAGAAAACGAAACACCAAAACCUGCUACUGAUCUUGAGAAUCAAAGAAACCAGGAGCUGGAAGAAGUGGAGGUGGUCUUCGACUAUUCUAAAAGGGCACAGUGGCUUCGAGCUGCUGUGCUUGGUGCAAAUGAUGGCCUGCUUUCUACAACCUCCUUAAUAAUGGGCGUGGGGGCUGUUCGUAAAGAUCCCAAGACCAUGAUUCUCACAGGUAUUGCUGGUUCAGUUGGUGGUGCCUGUAGCAUGGCCAUUGGGGAAUUUGUUUCUGUCUACUCACAAUUCGACACAGAAAUGGCUCAACUGAAAAGAGAGAUCAGAUCUUUAAGUGAACUUGAGGCCAAGAAGACAGAUUUGCCAAGCCCGUUGCAGGCUGCCCUUGCUUCAGCCAUAGCCUUUGCUGUGGGAGCGGUGAUACCGCUCCUUGGGGCGGUUUUUGUGAAGGAUUAUGUGGCGAGGGUUGGGGUUGUGAUGGGUUUGGCUAGCCUUGGCUUGAUAGGGUUUGGAUGGCUAGGUGCAGUGUUAGGUCGUGCACCUAUUGUUAGGUCAUCUCUGAGGGUGUUGGUUGGUGGAUGGUUAGCCAUGGGAAUAACUUAUGGCCUUACUAAAGCUAUUGGGAGUAGUGGACUUUGAUCCAUAGUGGACUUUGAUCCAUCAUCUCUCUAUGAACAAUCACUUGGUUAUAUAUUUAUUUCCAACUUAUUAUCUAGUAUGUAAAAGAUGGCAUGGAAUCAUUAAUCAAUUUUCAGCAUUCUUUUCUUUUUUU